AUUUUCGUAUUAACGUAGGAAAGCCGUGACAAGGACACGCGAAAAAUCUACAAAGAAACCUAGGAAAUAACAACAACUUAGAUAAUUGAUCAUGAAACGCGAUGUUCCUCCGUACCCCCGUGGGUUCCGCUGUUGAUCAAACUCAUGCGCACCCUUACUCUCGGAGUUUUCUUCGCACAAUGUCGUUUUCAACAAAAACGACAUCAGCAGUCUGUCGACGGAACUCGCGAGCUGGGGUGGAUCCGUCCGGCGCGGGAAUUACGGCCUAAUGCGUACGAUAUCGUCGGAAAGUAUAAAAAAGUAACGUAGGAGUUUCUUUUCAAGUUUGUACAGGCAAAAAAAAAAUAAACGGCGAGAUGUUCCGGCAGUUUAUCCGUAACCACAUAGAACGCAGUUGAUGCGGAACCAAAUAGAACAAAGAUCAAAAUGGCCUGUCACCAGCAGCAAACGCAGCUCGACGAAUUGCUGAGAACCAACGAGCAACUAUCUAGCUACCGUGGGAAUCCCAAAGAGCAGGAGACGCGGCAACAACGCCAUUUGGUUGAGAGUGAUCGCCUGCGCAGGUGGAAGGAGCGCGUUGAGGCUCAAGAGCACAAGCUGCGCAAACUGAAAACGCUCAGGGGCCAAGUCGACCAACAAAAAGAGAAUAAUAAUAUUUUGUCAAGUGACCUUGAUUCGAUUAGAGCUCUUUUCAACGAGAAGGAAAAAGAAUUAUCGCUGGCAGUGGCCAAAGUGGAAGAACUCACCAGACAGUUGGAAGAACUUCGCAGAGGACGGUCGGAGGACAAAAACUCGCCGCCCCCGGACGUCCCCGCUCCACCGGAAUUGGACAAACUCCGUAGAGAGCUUAUGUACAGGAACAAAUUAAACUCGGAGCAAAGCGAAAAGCUGGACCAACAGCGACGAGCGCUGACGGCCCGGCAGGAGGAGAUGCGCGCCAUCGACAGGAGAAUCACCGAACUGCAGGAGAGAUUGCACCGCAAGCGCUCGCUAAACCAACAAUUGGCGAAUCGAAUAAGCGCCACUUCGAAUAAAGCCGCCUACCAACAGUUUAUGAGGUUGACCGACUAUCGAUUUCAACCUGGGGAUUUUCAUCCAAACGAGCCUAAAAUUGCUUCUAUACAACCUUACAACCACAUUCCUAUUCAAUUGCAAGCUAACCAAAAAAUUAAAAAGAUUAGUAAUGAGAAUAGCAAUCUCGACAUUCUUUCUCCAAUAAACACAAACCAACAUAUUAAACAUGAUAAAAUGAUUAACAAUGACUGUACAUUCAAUGAAUUUUCCAUCUCCAGAGCAGAUUCGAGAUGUAGAACGCUACCGCAUGGAAUAAAAUUAUCCUGCAAUUUCUUGAACAAAGUGGAUAAGAGAAGCCACUUUGAUAAAACGAAACUAAAUGAUCAAUAUUACAACAAUUCUGCAAAAUUAAUGUUGAACAAUAAAUACGAAAGUAAUAUAUUAGGCGAUGAAAAUGAAAUAACAUAUCCAGAAAACGAGAAAGUUCCUUCUAGCAUUAAUAGUUCAGUAGGUUCAAUUUCUCCAUAUCAAAAUACAACUAUAAGUACUUCAACUAAUAGUAGUCCAACUAAUACUCGCUUAUCCAAAGAACCAACCAUAUCUCUUAGUAAUCAAAACAUAUCCAACAAUACUAAUAAUUGUAAUUUAAAUUCCACAAUCAACUGUAUAGAUCCAUUCGAUUGUUUUGUUGCUAAUACGCUAGUUGAAAAGAAUACAAAAGUAUCCCUUUCGCCUAGAAGAAUACAAAUUUCCUAUGGAGAUGAAGGAGAUACAUUUAAAGGGAAUAGCGAAAGCAGUAAUCUUAAAGAUUUUUCUAAUAAUACAUCGAUCACUGUAAAAAAGCAGAAGAUAAUCAAACCAAAACCUCUAACGAUCAACAAACAGCGAUUCUGCGAACGACCAAAACUGAGGAACAAGACCGCAACCACCAAUUCUAGAUCCACCAGAACUAAAAAUUCUGAACCCCACAACAAAAAAUCCAGCGCAAAAGACAACAAUCUACAAGAACAACUAAACAAACUAGCAAUCGAAGAAGACGCCACCAGCACGAAUCGCCCGCCAGGCAACCGCAAGGUGAGCUUCGACCCUCUAGCUCUGUUGCUGGACGCCAGUUUAGAGGGCGAAUUCGACCUGGUGGUCGAAACGGCCGAGCGCGUAGAAAACCCCAGCGCUCCCAACGACGAGGGAAUCACCGCUUUGCACAACGCCAUCUGCGCGGGGCACCAGGACAUCGUCAUGUUCCUGGUGGAAUUCGGCUGCGACGUCAACGCCCAGGACAACGACGGCUGGACGCCUUUGCAUUGCGCUGCUAGCUGCAACAAUCUGGACCUGGUGAAGCUCCUGGUGAGAAGCGGCGCCAGCGUGUUCGCCGCGACUCGCGGUGACGGGGAAACGGCUGCGGAAAAGUGCGAAGAAGACGAGGAAGGUGUCAACGGAUGCUCGCAGUAUUUAUACGAUGUUCAAAGCAAAUUGGGCACGUCUUCGAAUGGAUUAGUGUUCGCUCUGUUCGAUUACGCGGCUCAGCGGCCGGACGAGCUGAGUUUAAGAGAAGGGGAUCAAAUUAGAGUGUUGAGAAAAGGCGACGAAAGCGAAAGGGAAUGGUGGUGGUCGGAGAUGGGCGAUAAGAAAGGAUACGUUCCGAGGAAUCUUCUCGGGCUUUUUCCAAGAUUGACCAAAAGUAAAGAUAAAGAAUAAAAAAUGGACUUCGGUUGAAGAGCAAAUUGAUUUUAAGUAUUUUUUACUCUGUAAAAAUAUUUUACCUUUAUCAUACAUAUAAUUACAAAGAUAAAGAUGAGUUAUGUAUACAAAUUAAAAAAAAUUGUAAAAAUAUUUUUUAGACGUGACAAUGUGCUAAAUUUAGUUAUUUUGAGCAGAACGUAAAAAUUACUAUUUUGCUCAAAAUAUUAUAUUUUGUAAGUUUUAAGUAAGAAUAACUAAUAUCUGAAGUUAUUUUUAUUAAAUAUUGCUUUAAACAUUGAACAAUAUAUCAUAUACAUUUACAAGCAGUCAUUUAUUUUUCAAAUACAUUCAAAAAUAUUUUUUUAGAAUUUUUUAAUGAUUGAUCCAAAAACUCUCGAGACUUAAAUUACAAUCUAAGAAUUUCAAUAAACAUGAAAAUAUUCAUAUCACACGUUUUGAUUGAGUGUUACAGUUCUACUAGUCUCAGUUUAACGGAAUAACAAACUA